AUGGCGGUGGUUCUGCCUGCCAUUACGAUCACUGAUUUUGAGCUCGCACAUAUGAACUUUCACAUGCAGUCGCUCAAGGGAAGCAUGCCGACAGACAUCAGCAAGCUCUCCGCGCUCACUUUCCUCAAUCUCUGCUACAACCUGCUGCACGGCAGCUUCACGCCUUGGACCGCCACACUGGUGCAAAUGCCUCAACUCAUAGAUUUGCGGAUUUGUGCCAACUGGUUCUACGGCACUGUCCCAACAUCCGUCAUCAACCUCACACGCCUAACAUUCCUAACCAUAUUCUCCAACUACCUCGUGGGCACGAUCCCCCCACUCCCCCCUUCGCUCGUAAACUUUUACGUGGAUAAAAACUUCUUCAUCGCCCGUUCCCCCUCCGGCGUCUCACCCGCCGUCUGCCACACCAACUGCUUCACCAGCAGCCCCCCUGCCGCCUGCCCCCUCUCCACCCAACGGCCCGCUGCCCAGUGCGUGUUUUGCGGCGGGGCGGCGGGGGCGACGGGCAUGUGCGGGGGGCUUCUGGAGGGAUGCACGGUGGACCCGACCGGGCUGACCGCGCCGAAUGGGGGCUCUGCUGCGCUGCUGCCGCAGUUCUGCGAGGCUGUCUACAUUCUCCCCGCGCAGGUGUCCGUCCUGAUGGCGCUCAAGUCGUCGCUGGGAGUGACGGACAGCACGUGGGUGGGCACAGGGGAGUGUACGGGGGCGAAAGCCUCCCAGGCGACGCCCUACUGGGCUGGGGUCAGAUGCUCCGGCAAUGGUGCAGUCACAAGCAUCGCUCUGCGCAUGCAAGGCGCCUCUGGGUCACUUCACUCCUCCGUCUCAUCGCUCUCAGCGCUCACCUCCCUUGACCUGAGCUCCAAUCUUUUCAACCAGCAGCUGGACGGCUUUCUGUCCGACGUGUACUCGCUCACUCAACUCAAGCAGCUGCUUCUAGGUUACAACUGGUUCUAUGGUUCAGUCCCCACCACCAUCUCCCAGCUCUCCAAAUUAACCGGCCUGUCCCUCUUCUCCAACUACCUCACCGGCUCGCUCCCCUCACUCCCCUCCUCCCUCCUUGCCCUCGACAUAGCCUACAACUUCCUCUCCGGUUCCCUCCCCACCCUCCCCUCCACCCUCUCCCACUGCGCCGCCGAACACAACUGCCUCGUCCCUGCCGCUGCUGCUCCCUGCGCUCGCUUCGGCUCCACCCAACGCCCUGCCGCAGUGGCGGGGGCAGCAGCAGCGACGGCGACAGAGCGGUGUGCGGUGUGCGGGAUGGGGACGGCGACGGAAGCAAGCGUUUGCUUUGAUGGGGAGUGUGUUGUGUCUGUGGCCCCAGCUGUGGUUCUGGCGGGGCCCAACGGACCGGUUCAAGCCGUGCAGGAUCUCCAGUGCACAGGCAGCUCACAAGCUUCGAUGUCGGUUGCUACAGUGACUGCUCUUUUAUCUCUCAAGAGCGCGUUGGGAGUGACGGCCACGGCAUGGGGCAGUGGGGGGUGCAGUGUGGAGGGAUACACCUCGGGCUCCGACUGGCCCGGUGUGGCGUGCGACUCCCUCGGGAACGUUGUCUCCAUUGACUUGACGAGUCAGAAGCUCAAAGGGUCCAUGGCCUCGGAUGUCAUCGCUCUCACAUCGCUCACUCGCCUCACCUUCGACAGCAACCUAUUCUGGACGCCUCUUGCCUCCUUUGUCUCCUACUUCUCCUCCCUCUCCAGCCUCGUCGUGCUCGACCUGCAAUACAACUGGUUUUACGGUACACUGCCCGCCUACCUGCUCGACCUCCCCAACCUCACCAGCCUCGCCCUGGGAGGCAACUACCUCACGGGCACCGUACCCAAGCCCACUGCAACCACGCUUGCCAAGCUCACACUCACCAGCAACUUCUUCACAGGCUCGGCGGAGCAAGAGGUGGCGGGGAGGGUGGAGGUUGAGGAGGGGGAGAGGGUGGUGGUUGGGGAGGAGAUGGGGGAGGGAGAGGUGGAGGGGAGGGUGGUGGUUGUGGAGGGGAGGGGGGAGGGAGAGGAGGGGAGGGUGGUGGUUGGGGAGGGGAGGGAGGAGGAAGGGGAGGGGGAUAGGGUGGUGGGGAGGGAGGAGGAUAGGGAGGGGGGGAGGGUGGGGAAUCGGGUGGGGAGGGAGGCGGAUAGGGAGGGGGGGAGGGUGGGGAAUCGGGUGGGGAGGGAGGGGAAAAGGGUGGGGAAUUGGGAGGAGGCAGAAAGAGGGGGGGAAGGGGGGGAGGGAGGCGCAGGAGUUGCUUCAGGAGGGGAGGGGGGAGGGGGAGGAGGAAGAGAGGUGGGAGGGGAGGGUGGGGGUGAUGGUAGUGGGGGAGUGGACAGGGGAGGAGAGUCAGAAAGCGGAGGUGAUGGGGAAAAGGGAGGUGGGGGGAAGGGAGGCGUUGUUGCUUCAGGAGGCGAGGGGGGAGAGAGAGGAGGGAGGGAGGGUGGUGUAUCUGGAGCAUUGGUGGGGGAAGGUAGGGGUGAUAGUGAUGAGGGGAUGGGAGGAGGCUGA